UUCUGCCGCCGCCACAAUGUCAGGGCCCGGCGCUCAGCUCUUCUCUGCAGCAGGACCUUACCUGUUCCCCUGUCCAGCGCGCUGUGCAGUCUUCCCACGCCGGUCUGCAGUCUCUUGGUCAUCCCCUGUACUGUCCGCAGUCUCUUGGUCAUCCCCUGUACUGUCCGCAGUCUCUUGGUCAUCCCCUGUACUGUCCGCAGUCUCUUGUUCAUCCCCUGUACUGUCCGCAGUCUCUUGGUCAUCCCCUGUACUGUCCGCAGUCUCUUGGUCAUCCCCUGUACUGUCCGCAGUCUCUUGGUCAUCCCCUGUACUGUCCGCAGUCUCUUGGUCAUCCCCUGUACUGUCCGCAAUCUCUUGGUCAUCCCCUGUACUGUCCGCAGUCUCUUGGUCAUCCCCUGUACUGUCCGCAGUCUCUUGGUCAUCCCCUGUACUGUCCGCAGUCUCUUGGUUAUCCCCUGUACUGUCCGCAGUCUCUUGGUCAUCCCCU